ACCAACAGUUCUCUUCCUCUUCCUCUUCCUCUUCUUUCCCAACACUCAAAAAAGUACAAAAAAAAAUUAUAUUAAAAAAAUUCUGAUUUUCCUUUUCCAAAGCUUCUCCAAUGCUUGCAGUUCACAUUCAGGAACUUGUUUGAGGUUUAUCUUUGUUUUGUGUUAGCUUAAUCGUUAAGGUAGUGCCUGUACCAUCUUAUUGAAGUAGUCUCGGAAUUGUGGUAAAAAUAAUGGCACUUUUUGAAUCAGAAAGUGUUGCCUAUGGUGGCAUCAAGGCAGCGUCACCAUCGCAAGCACCGCGAUCGCCGCAGCAGCAGCAACAACGCCAGGAAUUAACACAGGAUCAAUCUGUUUCUUCCUUGAACAAACAGGGUUCGAUUUUCUCCCUCACCCUCGACGAGAUUCAACUGAAGAGCGGGAAGGCUUUUGGGUCCAUGAACAUGGAUGAAUUCCUUGCCAACUUGUGGAAUGUUGAGGAAAACCAAGCGCCACCACAGCUCGACCAGAACGAGGCUCGCGAUGACAAAGACAAGGGCAUCGGAGGUCAACCAACCUUGGCCCGACAAGGCUCUUUCUCCAUCCCCACCCCACUUUGUAAGAAAACUGUGGAUGAGGUAUGGUUUGAGAUUCAGAAAGAGCUACCGCAGCAGCGGAAGGCUAACAACAUCGCUGAUCACGAACCUCCUCAGCGCCAACAAACAUUCGGAGAGAUGACUUUGGAGGAUUUUCUCAUCAAAGCCGGAGUUGUUCAAGAACCAUCAUCAGCAUCUUCCCAACAAAGGAAGGUGGCAUCUAGCCGGCCGAAUGGCACAAGUCUAGAAGCAACCUACGGAAUGGGGCAUGGGGCCGGAUCUUCUCAACAGAAAAUGUUGACAUCUAUUCAAAAUAGCAGUGCAAGCUUGGAUGCAAACUUCGGGAUGGGACAUGUGAUGGGGCUAGGAUUCCCAGGCCACCAAAUUGUUCCCAGCAACUUGGCAGCACCAGGCAAUGGUUACGCCGCAGCAUACCCCAUUUUCACGCAGAGUAAAACUAUGAUGGGGGAAUCUUCUAAUGUUGCUGAAAAUGGGAAUGGCACCAAUUGCCUGUUAGAGCCCGUCGUGAUACAGAACAAGAAGAGGAUCAUAGAUGGUCCGCCGGAGGUGGUAGUCGAAAGGAGACAACGCCGCAUGAUUAAGAAUCGAGAGUCAGCAGCAAGAUCUCGAGCAAGGAAACAGGCGUACACAGUGGAACUGGAAUUAGAGUUGAACCAGCUGAAACAGGAGAAUGCAAAGCUUAAGCAGCUUGUGGAGGAAAACGAGCAAAAGCGAAAGCAAGAGGUUCUGAAAAGAAAACAAUCCAAAUUACCAGCACAAAGAAAGGUUGUUGAUAAGAUGAGGACAUUGAGGAGGACAGUGAGCUUGGGAUGGUGAAAGUGAGAAAUAGAGAAUAGAGAAUACAGAAAAUCACAAUAGCUUAGCUUCAUCAGUUUAGCCAUAUCUAAAUAAUAAUUAAGGAUAUGUCCAAAUUAUUAUAUUAGUCACUUUGUCUUUUUAUUGAAAGGAUCAUGUGCAUAUAUAUGAGUGUGUAAUAAUAAGUACUUAAAUUAAAUUAAUUGUAUCUUAAACUUUGAUACUGCAUUGAUCACCAUCACUGUGAACAACCCCAGGUCACAGACUGAUUUUAGAUUAGCUUUUCCUUUU